AUGCGCCUGCUGGCAGCAGCAUAUUCUACUAAUGCGACCAGUGUAGACCAAAGUCAGCCGGCACUAGCCCAAGACAUUGGUAUCAGUUGUAUUGAGGACUGUACGUCUGUCAACUACAAUUCGGACACGCGCGUUUGUGAACUGACAACAUACAUUCAUGGAUUGGUGACACCUUCAACAGAAACCGACAUCAACUGGAAAGUUUAUUAUGAUGAUCGCAUCGUGCGUGCUGUUGACGAGUGGCAGGAAUCAACACACGUGCACAAUGCUAGACCUCUUGCAGCUAGCUUAGCCACGGAUGGGAACCGUGACAACAACGAUCAAGCAGAUGGUUUAUUGUACUGUGCUCACACAGCUAAUAAUUAUUCGUAUUCGGGAAUGGAAUUUGAGCGCGUUGCCAAAGUGUCCCAUGUUAUCAUCUUCUUCAGAAACUUUUCGGAAAUCAACAACAGGAAUUCGAAUUUGCAGUUACUGAUUUCCCCUACCCGACAAGAUUCAGACAACAAUAUCGGAACUAACUGCGCAUACUACGCCGGACCCCCAGCAUCGCCGUCUUUACCUGUAAAGAUCCCAUGUGCUCAGCACGUGACGGGAAAGUUUCUGAAGAUCAUCCACAACCAGGCUGACUUUCUUACCCUUUGUGAAGUAGAAGUUUACUCGGUUUAGAGAAACACUUCUGGCUAUCCACUAUAAAUUUUAAAAAAGUUAUAAAAGUUACAAAAGUUUCUUUUACAUAAGUAAAACUGUUGAAUUUCUUCUAACAGUUUUUAUUUUACGUUUGAAAAUAUGAA